AAGGAUGGCGAGACUCUGUGUUGGGUGCACCAAGACGUUUUCUUACUACCCUUGGCAGUCUUUCGAGAGACACUUCACCCUUUCCUACCUCGAAAGACGAGCCUCUACCGAGUCUUCCGGUUCCGCAUCUCGAGACUACCAUGCAAAAAUACCUGGCCCAGGUGGAGGCUAUCAGCCCGACUCAUUUGGACCGUGCCAGGAUUCUCGUCCGCCAGUUUUUGUCUGGCCCGGGGCCAAAACUUCAGCAGAAACUUCUCGAACGCAGGCAGACUACUGCUAAUUGGCUGAGGAGGUUACAAUUAU